AUGGUCAGCAACAGUUUCACAAAAUUUGCACAAAGUGUUGUCCGUUUGUUGGAAUACAAAAAUGAAACACACUAUUUAUCAAUUGUACCCGCAUAUACACAUAUGCAAAUAUUUUCUGAUUUUGCUAAAUUUCAAGAUGAUUCUCAGUUGACGUUUAAUCAUUUCAAUUCAUGCGAAUAUAUUCAUAAUCCUGAAUUUAUGCAAAAUGAACCAAAUCACGAAAGAGCACUUUGCAAAUAUCAAUACCGUCUUGACUAUGAUCCAUGGCGUAUUCCAACUGCAUUACCGAUGGUCAAAUGUGACUGUAAAGAUUUUCGAUUCAAUGAAUCAGUUAGUUUUAAAUGUGAGGAAGAAUUUUUUCAUAUACGGGUAAUGAAGUUUGAUGAAGGUUGUCAAGAAUAUAAGGCCGAAACAUAUCGACUUUCAUUGGCAUGUGUUCCAAUUUAUAUAACGACUUCAAAAAGUGUGGGCGGUGAAACGGUUACCGGGGGAGGCAUUGAUCCAGAUACGGCUAAAGUUACCAAAUAA